AGAUUAGAUGCUCUUCGACUCUACUUUGCACAACCAGUGUCUUGCCAAGUAUUAAAUCAAAAAGACGCAAGUCUGCAACAAGUUUAAUUUUAUUGGAUAGUGGGUGUGCUGUUUUCCUGGAUUGGCUGGACAGCAAUGGCAGAUUCGUUUCCAUUGGCCAUCGCACGAACUUGCAGUUCGAGGCGCGCGUCACUUUUACGAGCUUUUCGACACCUAAUAUCGUUGUAAGUAUCAAAGAAGUACGUUCAAUGUGUGUUGCAAAUUUUAGAUUUCCAUUUAAGUUAUUUACAGGACAUGGCACGCAUCAGUCCAUUCACGAGUCAAAGUAAAAACACGACAGACUACCAAUCACCCGCUAGUUUCACAUCUGUUACUAGGAAGAUUAUGCUAAUAUAUGCAAUGCAGCCAUCUCUGCAGCUACCAUUCUGAGGUAAGAUCCACUUGUACGUUUUCAUUAAAUUAAUCAAAACGCAAUAGUAUUAUCAUACCAAUUUUAAACUUCGACCACCAGUUAAUCUUUCUCCUGGCACUGCUACCUGGAUGGUGCCAUUCUCCAGGUGUGUCGUUAGUAGGUGAGGCCGAACAGGAGCCCACAUCCCCUUACAACCAUGGAGACCAAGCAGGAGUCUCCAUCAAUCUGGGGCCAGGCCCAAAGUGCAGAAUCUGGAAAUGCCACUCAGGUGCACUUUGAAGGGGGCACGGUGGCCCAGAUUGUGUACAGCGGGGAUCAGCAGGAGCGAGGCCAACAGCAGGUGGUCUACGCUGCGGACGGAAGUUCCUACACCUCCGUGGAGUCAGCAGAGCACACGCUGGUCUACAUACACCCAGUGGAUGGCACACAGGCAGUGUUUGCUGACCAGCCUCAAGUGGCAUACAUUCAACAGGAUGGAACCACCCAGCAGGUGACAGUCUUGUUACCAAGUGGGCAGAAUAUGAACACGGCCAACUUGCAUGUUCUGAGCAAUGUAGCCGAUGGUCCUCAAGCAAUUCUGGAGCCUGUAACACAAGCCCAGAUGGAUGUUUCAGACGCCACCUUAACCGCCAUGACUGGUGUAGAGGGCACAGCCAGCAGUCCACUGGCAGCGACGGACACCACAGAAGACUCCGAAGAUGAAGAUGACGACGAUGAAGAGGAGGAUGGCAACGACUCUGACCUCGACGACUGGGAGCCAUUUACCCCUCAAAACCUCUGGUGUGAGGAGUGUAACAAGGCCAAUCCCUUGGCGUGUUUGAAGCAUGGCCCCCUGCACCCCAUUGCCAACCGGCCUGUUCUGUCCAGAGCCCGUGCCAGCCUGCCCCUGAUGCUGUACGUGGACCGCUUCGGGGGCGGGGUCUUCUCCAAGCGCCGCAUCCCCAAGAGAACCCAGUUCGGGCCCGUGGAGGGCCCCCUGGUGAGGCAACACCAACUCAAGGAGACGCACAUCCACCUCAAGAGGUACCCAGUGGAGGCUGACAAAAGUGGCGGCGGCGGCGGUGGUGACAAGGACGAGGAGGCCGUGUGGUUUGACCUGACGGACGAGGACCACUGCAACUGGCUGAUGUUCGUCCAGCCGGCCCACAACCACCUGGAGCAGAACCUGGUGGCGUACCAGUACGGCGCAGACAUCUUCUACACCACCAUCAAGAACAUCCAGCCCAAACAGGAGCUCAAGGUGUGGUAUGCUGCUUCGUAUGCUGAAUUUGUUAAUCAGAAAAUUCAUAAUGUCACGGAAGAGGAAAGGAAAGUUCUGAGGGAGCAGGAGAAGAACUGGCCGUGCUACGAGUGUAACCGGCGCUUCAUGAGCUCCGAGCAGCUCCAGCAGCACCUCAACAUGCACGACGACAAGCUGGACCUUGUCAAAGGACCAAAGGGGCGCGGCCGAGGGAGGGGUAGGAAGCGCUACGGUGCAGGUAGACGAGGGAGGCCCCCCAAAUUCAUCUGCCUCCAGCCCACCCCUGCAGAGGAGAUGGAGAAGACAAGGAACAUGGUGGCGUUCUCUGCGAGUAAGCCUGCGUACGAGGAGCCGCGGCCAGACGGAGGAGCCCUGAACGGGCUGAAGGUGGUGGAGCUGGAGACCGAGGCCAUGGAGACCACGGCCACAGAGCUGGAGGAACGCUUGGAGCCACAGACACAGACACAGACACAGACGGCCAGCGCAGCAGAGGAGAACCCCCCAGCAGCACCCAUGCCCCCCGUGGAGGAGGAGGAGGAGAGCGCCCAGACCAUGCCACCACCACCCCCUCCGCCAAUGGACACUCCGGAGCCUCUUAAAGAGGAGCCCGCAGCGCCGGCAUCUACCCAGCCGGACUCCCACCUCACGCCACAGGACAUGCGGAGAGCGCGCAGGAUACGGAAUGCGGCGCUGCAGCACCUGUUCAUCCGUAAGUCCUUCCGGCCCUUCAAGUGUUCGCAGUGUGGCAAGGCCUUCCGGGACAAGGAGAAGCUGGAUCAGCACGUGCGCUUCCACGGCCGAGAGGCCAUCGCCUGCCACAUCUGCAACAAGGGUUUCCUGAGUCUGGAGGCGCUGGAUGACCACCUGCAGCUCCACUCUGAGCAGCGUAGCUACUCCUGCCUCUUCUGCACGGAGUCCUUCGACCGGCUGGAGCUGCUCAAGGAGCACGUGCGCACGCACAUGGUGGACGGCUGCUACUCCUGCCCCUCCUGCAAGAAGAGGUUCACAGACUUCAUUCAGGUGAAGAAGCACGUGCGCAGCUUCCACUCUGAGAAGAUCUUCCAGUGUACGGACUGCGACAAGGCCUUCUGUCGGCCCGACAAGCUGCGGCUGCACAUGCUGCGCCACUCGGACCGCAAAGACUUCCUCUGCUCCACCUGCGGCAAGCAGUUCAAGAGGAAGGAUAAGCUGCGUGAGCACAUGCAGCGCAUGCACAACCCGGAGCGCGAGGCCAAGAAGGCGGACCGCAGCCACCGCUCCAAGGCCCUGAAGCAGAAGCUGCCCACCACAGACUUCGAGAGCUUCAUGUUCAAGUGCCGCCUCUGCAUGAUGGGCUUCCGGCGACGAGGCAUGCUGGUUAAUCACCUGUCCAAGCGUCAUCCAGACAUGCGGAUCGAGGAAGUUCCCGAGCUCACACUGCCCAUCAUCAAGCCCAAUAGGGACUACUUCUGCCAGUACUGUGACAAGGUCUACAAGAGUGCUAGUAAGCGUAAAGCACACAUCCUGAAGAACCACCCGGGGGCCGAGCUGCCCCCCAGCAUCCGUAAGCUACGUCCGGCCGGCCCCGGAGAGCCCGACCCCAUGCUCAGCACACACACCCAGCUGACGGGCACCAUCGCCACCGCGCCCGUCUGCUGCCCGCACUGUGCCAAGCAGUACAGCAGCAAAACGAAGAUGGUGCAGCACAUCCGUAAGAAGCAUCCUGAGUUUGCUCAGAUGGCCAACAGCAUCCAGGCCCCGCUGGCCACCGCCGUCAUCAGCAGCAACCCCGCAGUCAUCGCCUCAGACACCGCCACUGCCGAGGCCGUCGUGACGACAGACCUGCUGACCCAGGCCAUGACGGAGCUGUCCCAGACGCUGGGCUCGGACUACCGGCCGGGCCAGGGAGACUACCAGCGCAUCCAGUACAUCCCCGUCUCCCAGGCGACCGCGGGAGGCCUCGCCCAGCCACAGCACAUCCAGCUGCAAGUGGUCCAGGUGGCCCCGGCGUCGUCUCCGCACUCUCAGCAUUCCACGGUGGACGUGAGCCAGCUGCACGACCCGCACGGCUACAGCCAGCACUCCAUCCAGGUGCAGCACAUCCAGGUGGGGGAGGCCACCGCCAGCGCCGUGCAGGGAAACACGCAGCCCCUUAGCCCCUCCUCCCAGCAGACGGCUCAGGAGCUCAGCCCCACGCAGCUGACCCCCGUGACCCUGGCGCAGAGCCACGCCCUGCAGACAUCCACCAAUCAGGUGCAAGGCACCGUGCAGCACACCUACCUGCCCAGCAACUGGAACUACAGGAGCUACCCCUCUGAGAUCCAGAUGAUGACUCUGCCUCAUGCCCAGUAUGUCAUCGCAGAGACCGGCACACCGGUCACCGCCGUCAACAGCAAUCAGGUCAAGACGACACACUACGUGAUCUCGGAGGGCCAGGCGGAUCUGGAGGGGAAGGCCGGCAGCACGACCCCAGGAGGAGGCCACCCCGAGCAGCUGGAGCAGCCGGCAGCCACCCAGUUCAUCAUCACCACCACCAACGGCUCCAACGAGGUCCACAUCACCAAACCCUGAUCCCCAUCCACACAGACGCACAGACACCUGAAGUCCACAUCACCAAACUCUGAUCACAGACAGACAGAACCAAACCCUGAUCCCCAUCGACACAGACACAGA